AGAGAGGUCUGCGGCAGCAUGAAAAAGAAUCAGACGAUGCAGGGCACCUUCAGCAAACUCUUUGGGAAGAAGCAUGCCAACCCUGCCACUACGUCCCUCUACGCCACCAACCCACCCUGGAUUUUCACCCAGGAGGCCCAGGAAGAGAGACCCAGGGACUUUGAUGGGAUCUAUUAUGAAAACAGUCGGUUCAACACUGUGAGUGAAUCCGGAACAGCCACGCUGAAAGCCCGGCCCAGAGUCCGGCCCCUGCUGACCUUCCUUCCCCUGAAUGCCCAGGAGAACCAUGGGCUAGCUGUGCCCACCCCCUCUGUCCCAGAAGACUUUGCAGACAAAGAAGUGGGAGGUACCAGCUCACUAGUCAAUGGCAACCUCCGGCUAUACAGCUCUGUGGGCGACCUGAGGCCUGCACACUAUGAACUGGACUCUUCCAUCCCGCCACCUCCCCCAGGCCCAGCCCCAGGGCCACCCCAGGAAACUUCACAGCCUCUAGGGGAGUCUCCUCCAUCACAACCUCCAGAGGAGUCUCCACCAUCGCCUCCUGCUGUCCCUCCCCCUCCUCCUCCCUUGCUGGUGGAACCCCCACCCCCACCCCCACCCAGCACAGCCCCACCUCCGCCCCCGCUAUUGGACACCUUAUCUCCCUCCUCUGCACUCUCCCCCCCAUCAACACCUACCCCUCCAGACUUCAUCCCCCCUGCCCCACCAUCAGCUUUUCUAAACCCCCCUCCACCUUCUUUGCCUACCUCAGGACCCCCAACUCCAGUCUCUCCUCACACAACUGGAACACGUUUCCUCCCCACUGGGGGUAUCAUCAAAUGGAAAUCCGAAGUAGCACUCAAUGGCAGGCAGCCAGAAGACCCCAGAACCAGCCCCCCCAAAAGCCCUGCUGCACUAAAGGGGCCUAGCCCCGAAUCCCACCUCACCUUCCCCAGGUCAUUCAAGGUGCCUCCCCCAACUCCAGUCAGGACCUCAUCUAUCCCGGUUCAAGAAGUGCCAGGGGCUUCCCCUGAGGAGGAAGCCAGUCUGAAGGCCUCUACCCACCUCCCGCCACCCUCCAGCUUCAGUGUCCGCCCUGCGUCUCAGGUUUACCCAAACAGGGCCCCAGAGCCAGAGCGCACGCCAGAGCCCAGGCUUGAGACACCAGGCAACCCAAGACUCGGGCAGCCUGAACUGCAGACAAACGGACAAGCUGGAGUUCCACCCCCAGCUCCUCCCUUGCCCCCACCUGCUCCCCCACUCCCUCCACCAGCACCCUCCCUGCCCCCAGCUGCUCCUCCUUUGCCCUCUACUGAGCAGGCAGUCCCUCCAUCUUCUGGAUUUAUGAAGACCCUAAAAUCCAGCUCACCUACUCUCAAACCCAACCCCCCGACUCCGGAGGACACAGCCUCGUCAGAACCCGUUGACUGGAGGGACCCCAGGCAGAUGGAAAAGCUUCGAAGCGAGCUGGCAGCCUAUCUCUGUGGGACCAGGAAAGAGGAUCGGUCCCUCAGCCACAGGCCAGUCCCUAAGGUGGCCUUGAAGGACAACGAGAGCAAGAAGGACCCUAGCCUAGCAGAGGAGGCAGCUCCUCCAAGCCUGCCUGAGAAGAAAGACCCCUGUGGUCCUGAGAAGAGUAACUCCAGCAACAGCCUGCCAGAGAGAGACGCCACCAGCAGCCUGACCCUACCCCCUGUGGACUACAUCCCCCAGGAUACUCCAGCCCCCAGCGUCAGGCAGAUCCGCAAUGAGCUAGAGGCUCGGUUUUCCUCCUCAGCAGCGAAAGAAGCCAAACCUAGCAUAGCAUCCCUGCCUCCCAAACCUCGGCUGGAAGGGGGAAGAAUCUUUGAAAACGGGACUGAUCAUGGCAGAUUCCAUAAACCUGUCACCAAGAAUCCACCCCAGCAGUCUACCACCACUCCGCCGGCCACACCACCCCAGUCCAAGGCCACACUUGGUCCAGCAACACCACCCAAGGCCACACCUGGGCCAGCCACACCAUUCAAGCCUGCACCUGGGCAGGCCAUACUUCCGAAGGCCACACCUGGGCCAGCCUUACCUCUCAAGCCUACACCUGAGCACACCACCUCACCCAAGGACACACCUGGGCAGGCCACAGCACCCAAGGACACACCUGGGCUGUCCAUCCCAUCAUCUCAGCAGAUAGCGGAGAAAGACCUUGUCCCAAUGAGACACAGAGAAAAGCCAGAACCUCAAGCAAAUGCAGCGGCCAUCCAACUGUCCACAAAUGGAGCUCGCUCCCCUCCAGCCCUCCCACCGAAGAUGUCUACUGGUGGAGAGGAGGUACCGUUUCUGUACAGAUCCCACCGUAGCCAGAACAACCACAGCCGAGGGGUUGCUGUGGUGAUUCCCACUCGGGCCAAAGGGGAGGCCACAGACUCAGGGGGACUGGUGGAGGAAAAGGAGCCCGAAAACCUUCAGGCCAAACCUCUUACCCCAGUCCAGGCUGCUGACCAACUCCUCAGACACCCGGUAACUGGGGAGGUGGUGGAACGGGGCUCCCCAAUGGCCCUUCUCCUCGCGGCCAGGCAGAGGGCACAGAAGAACAGGCCUGGGGUCACUGCAGGGACUGCGAUGGGACCGGGAAGGUCCUCUCUGCCAGGGAGUCUCCGUGACCAUGGCAACCAAACGGAGGCCAGCUCUGAUACCAUCUUUUACAGAGGUAGUCGGCCCAACUCCUUCCUUGUGGUCCCUAAGGUACCCAGUGAGACAGAGGGCUACCACCUGACCUCAGCACGGCACGCUGGAGCCAGUCAGUGGAAGCCCCAGCAGGGACGAGACACACAGGGCCCAGAGCCAACCCAUAGGCAUGGGUGGACCAAGGCCGAGUACCCGGCCGCUGUGACCCCGGAAAGACACGCUCCUUCAAGCUUACCCCAGGGUCGCGCCCUUCCCAAAGCCUUCUCUUCUCCGCCCUCUCCUUCCUACAAGAGGGAAGAGGAAGAAGAGGAGUUCAGCUUUGAUAUCAUUCCGCCACCGCCAGAGUUUAGCAAUGACCCUGAGCCCCACGCUGGGCAGCAGCAUCAAGACCGUCGCGGGUCCCCACCCAGGAACAACUACUCAGACUUGGGGCAGCCCCUGGACGCGGGGUCCGGGGCCAAUACGGCUCGCGGCUUCUCGCGCUUUCCGGGCACUCAAUACUCCGGGCUUGGGGGACUGGAUCGCUUCUCCGGCAGCGGACGCUCGCUCAUCAAGAAGCGCCUGUACGUCGGGGAGCCCCACCGCAACCCCGGGACGCCCCGCGGCGCCACUGGCCGCAGCCUGAGCUCCCCUAACUGCUUCGGACCGCAGCCGGGAGGUCCCGAGAUGCGACGGGUCAACUCGGCGGGCCGCGCGGCCCCCGGAGGCCUGCACGCACGGAGGCUGUCGCUGGAGGGCGCCCGAGGCGCAGCCGAGGUCAAGUACAAGACGCCCGGCGGAGGCGGUGGUGGUAGUGGUGGCAAAGCUGGGGACUAUGGCUUCAUCCCCGCCAAAGGCAGCAGGUCUCCCCACUAUGGAAGCCCCAUCAAUACGUUCACGGUGAGGCCAGGGACACGCCAUCCCAUCUCCUACGCCUACUCUGGAACCCAUCGGAAAGCCACCUCCUGAGCUGUGGUUCACUCAGCUGACUUCUAAGGGGUUGGAUUGGGGCAGCUGUUGUGUGGGGGGUGGGAGGUGACACUGGGUAUUAUAGGUCCCAGCUCAGACACCCCUGAGAGCCUUUGUUCUGGAAGACAGAACAGGCAGACAGGCGGUGUGUGAGUGGCAGAGGUCUCUGGAAGAUGGAAACAUGUCUGUUUCGAAAGCACCAAGGGACAGCUUGGCUAUGUACUAUUGGCGGAUGGGGGUGGGAGGGGGAAGGAGGAGCUUUCCGGGCCUGUGCCUUGUCUCUGCUAUCUGGUACUGUCUGCUUUACCAAGGUCUAUUGAAACCAGUCUACACGCAGGUUCUAAAAGAAGGGCUGGGCCCCAAGUCUGAAUUGAAACCCAUGGGGGUGACGUACAAACCCAUUUGUAUGUCAGAGCCUCACAGUGUGCCUGUUCCCCUGAACAUGUGUAGCUUGAACAGAGUGUAGCUCUGCACUUGGAGAUGUGAUCAAGACUGCUUGCACAGCACAGAAGCCUUAUGCACUGAUUAGGUCCAAGGGUGGGUUCCUUGCUCCUUGCCCUUGGCACUUACCCAUGAGAAGGCCUUGAGAGAGCUUGGGGUGGGAGAUGGGGGAGUAGGCUUGCUUUUCCACUCAGGCCCAAGAAGUCCUGAUUCAGUGGGGGGGGGCACAGGAGCCACAAGGUUCAGAAGUGUGCUGCCAACAUGGAGACGUGUCUUGGACAAUCAAGGGUAGUGUGCCGAGGCCAGUUCAGACUGGAGUGAUCUGUCAGGAGAGUCACCAUCUGUCCUCUGGGCAGUCAGGGUUACACCAGUGAAUUGGGAUAUAUAUAUUCUAAUUCUAAUAUAUGUCUUGGUUUAUGGGUUAUGUCAAAUACAUGAGGAACAAUAGUUAGUUCUUCAGGUGGGGACUGGCUGGAUUCCUGUGACCAGGUCAAGGCAGGUAAGAAAGGAAAGGCAGAGGAAUGGCCCACCUCACAAGAACAGGAGAAAGACAAGAGGAAGCUCCCUGUGCGGGGAGCAGCUCCCUGUGGGAGGAGCAGCUCCCUGUGGGAGCAGCUCUUGGACCUUUGUGAUCUGUGGCACUCACUGAAGUACUAGGUGGUUGGCACCCAGAUGAGGGACUCCCUGUGUUCACGAAGCCAAGCUCAUCAACACAGCACUGACCUCUGACUGCUUCCCUAGGCAGUGCUUUAUGAAUGAGUUCACCGAUUCAACUGCUGCUUCAAGGCUUGAGGAGUGGGGCGUGGUCUCCCAGCUAUGGAGUGCCCUGGGGUGGGCAGAGAAGGGCUUGGUCUCGCUUGGCAUGGGAAAUAAACUGCCAGUUUGGACUGGCCCCUGCUCUGCAGCUGUAGAUUGGUGACUUGGCAUCAUGGGGCUCUUGGGAGUAGUCAGCUGGAUGGUGCCAAGCACAGGGUACUGGGCCCAGAGGUUAAGCCAGAUGAUAAACUGUCCUUAAACAAG